AUGGCAAGCUCCCAAGCCACACGCACGGCCAUGAUGAACCAUGAGCACGACGAGCGAUGGACUGCGGUCGAUGCCUGGGCUCUGGACGCCCUCCAUCCAAAGGAAUCGCACCUCUACGAGCACAUCCAGUUCGCCACUGAGCUAUCGGAGACCAAAGGCCUACCCAGCAUCGAAGUCUCGCACCUCCAGGGCAAGUACUUGAUGACCCAGUGCCAGAUGAUCGACGCCAAAAAGGUCCUCGAAGUCGGGACUCUAGGCGGCAUCAGCGCAAUAUGGAUGGCUUCAGCAGGACCAGACGUCCGCGUAACCUCCAUCGAAGUGGACGAGCACCACAAAGCGGUCGCGGAAGAAGCCAUCGCGCACGCCGGUCUCAGCGAUAGGGUCGAAGUCCUUCUCGGAGCAGGCGUCGACGUGCUGCCCAAGAUCCGCGCGCAAGUCGAGAGCGGUGAACGGCCCAAAUUCGACUAUGUCUUCAUCGACGCUGAUAAGGGCAACAACUUCAAUUACUACAACGAAGCGCUGCUCAUGUGUCGAUCGCGAGCGUGCAUUAUCGUGGAUAAUGUUGUGCGAAUGGGUCUGCUUGCCGAUGACAGUGCAGCGGAGAACCCUGGUGUGAAGGGAGCGCGAGUCGUUAUCGGUGCUGCUGGGAAGGAUGGGAGAUUGUUGGGGACGUCGCUGUUGCAGACGGUCGGCGAGAAGAACUAUGAUGGGUUCUUGGUGUGUAUUGUCAAGUGA